CCCUACAGCAAAGCUUUUUUGGUUGUUGUUUUCCGCAAUUGGAGUUAAAAGGGAAGAAAGAAGGGACGUCACUUCCGGCGAGUCCAGGGUCACCUCCUUUACAAAGGAGAGAGAGAGAGGGGGGGGGUCCUCGGGCCUUUGGUUGAAGAGGAAAGCGGAAGUGACGUCUAGUGAGCGGAGAGCCGGAAGCAGAGAGAGGGAGCGAGCGAAGGAGGGAGAGGGGGAAGGGCCGGGCCCGGGAGCCGGAGGGAGCUGCGGAGCCGCCUCUGCCUCUCUAAGGGACCCCAGGGGGCAAGAUGGCUGAAAUCAGUGACCUUGACCGUCAGAUUGAACAACUGCGGCGCUGUGAACUUAUUAAGGAGAGUGAGGUCAAAGCCCUCUGCGCCAAGGCCAGAGAGAUUUUGGUGGAAGAAAGCAAUGUCCAGAGAGUAGAUUCCCCAGUAACAGUUUGUGGGGAUAUCCAUGGCCAGUUUUAUGACCUUAAAGAGCUUUUCAGGGUGGGAGGUGAUGUGCCUGAGACCAACUAUCUCUUCAUGGGAGACUUUGUUGACCGUGGCUUCUACAGUGUUGAAACAUUCUUGCUACUGCUAGCGCUCAAGGUCCGCUACCCUGACCGAAUCACCCUGAUCCGUGGCAACCACGAGAGCAGACAAAUCACCCAGGUAUAUGGGUUUUAUGAUGAGUGCCUGAGGAAAUAUGGCUCCGUCACUGUGUGGCGCUACUGCACUGAGAUAUUUGACUACCUCAGCCUCUCUGCUAUCAUUGAUGGCAAGAUUUUCUGUGUCCAUGGUGGUUUAUCCCCAUCCAUUCAAACACUGGAUCAGAUCCGAACGAUAGACCGCAAACAGGAGGUGCCUCAUGAUGGUCCCAUGUGUGAUCUUCUCUGGUCUGACCCAGAAGACACUACAGGUUGGGGUGUGAGCCCUCGAGGUGCUGGCUAUUUAUUCGGCAGUGAUGUGGUGGCACAAUUCAACGCAGCAAAUGAUAUCGACAUGAUUUGCAGGGCACAUCAGCUGGUCAUGGAGGGUUACAAAUGGCACUUCAAUGAGACAGUUCUUACUGUGUGGUCUGCUCCCAACUACUGCUACCGAUGUGGGAAUGUGGCAGCCAUCUUGGAGCUGGAUGAACACCUUCAAAAGGAAUUUAUCAUCUUUGAAGCAGCCCCUCAAGAAACUCGAGGGAUCCCAUCUAAGAAACCUGUUGCGGACUACUUCCUGUGAAUGCUUCUCCCAUCUCCCCCUGUGCGGCUUCUGUUUUCUCUCUUGGCUGGGGUGGGCAGCCCCUCUUUCAAGUUUUGGCGGGGUUCAGGUCUCUUCUCCCCUCCCUCUCUCCUCCCCAUUGCCCAAUAAAUCCUCAGUUCUGGACCCCUUAGGCUGAAAUGGGCAUAUUUUUCCUCACUACUGAAUCCAUGCCAGUCCCAUUAUGGUCUUUUCAGGAUUUGUAUUGUCCACCUAAAAUGCUGCUUGGGACUUUUGGUCAUUGGAAAAACCUGAAAACUCUUGCUCUCAGAUCACUCCGUGGAAAAAGAAAAUUCAAACCAGAAAUGGGGAGUAGAUCUGUAGAUCUUCAGGGUUUUGUGGAGGAGUGGCUGACAGCUUCCUUGCCCAGCUCUCUCACUCAUCUGCAGUGCUUCUCUACUCUUUAGAAGGACUGGAAAUUAUUAGUAGAGAAUGUAUCUGAUGGAACUGGACUUGGAAAUAAAGAGGAACCAGUGGCCAAAGCAUAUCUAAAGCUGUUUGGAGCACCGAAUUUUAGGAUUAUUUCUCUAAUUCUGUAACAGUGAGGUGCCUCUUGGUUUAUUCUUUUCUGGUCAGCUGGCCUCGGAAUGCUAUGGUUUUGGUGCCAUUCCAUAACUCUUAAGCAGAGAACAAAAAGUGCUUCAAACCUUGCUGUGUCUGGUUGCUGGAAGACCUGACAUACUGGUUUCUUGGCACUUUGAUUUAAAAUACAUGGUGUAGAGUGAUCUAGAUUAGGAAGUGGUUCUUUUGUGUGCCGCCACCUCUCAUUACCACUUUCCUCUUCAAAGUUCCUUUUUUUUUUUUUUUUUUUGCCAGUAGAAUAUUUGACUGUUUCCCAGUUUACAGUACAGUACUAGAAAGUCCUGAUCUUUCAAAAACUGGUAGUCCUUCAGAUUAUUGGAUGUUCCAAAUGUUCUAUAGAAUUCAUUCAAUUCUGGAGAAUUUAUUAAAUAUUUUAUUGGGAGAUCUGUAUACUGGUUUUCCUCCUUCCUGCCCCCUUCUCUGAAUUGGGGAGACUGGGACCAUAUCACACAAAUCAAUUUGACCAAUAAGAUACAUUCUCUAUGUUUUCUCCUAUUGAUAUCUAGCCCCCCUGUGGGGAUGGUGUAUCCAAAUCCCAUCCAACCCCAGGUUCAAAUGUCCCUCCUCUCUUCUGUCUGUCCUUAAGAAAGGAAUAUUCAAUCCAGAUAUUUUACAAUUGAAAGGGGAGGGGGGACUUCCUGCCACUUUCCCUAUGUCUAGGAGGGGCUUUUCCCUCUCAACUCUGAUAUGUCUCUUGCUCUAAUUUUAUUUUGUUUUAUUUUGGUUUUUUCCUAUUUACAAUUUUAGAUAAAAAAUUCUAAUAAAACUCAGAAAAAACAGA